AUGCUAUCUAGAUAUGGAGUGGUGCAGACCAAGAUGCAACAGGAGAGAUCCCAGCAGAUUGCACAUCACAUUCAGGAGCACCUACAACCUAUACUACAAGUCGAUUCGAACGAACAGCAACCAAGCGAAUUUGAUGCAGGGAUAAUAAUGGAUGGGGUGGCAAGCUGGGCCCUUGUCAUCACAGUGCUUGUACAGUUUGCCCUUCACGACCCUGCAGAUUUGUGGAAGCCAGAUCUUGUCCUCCUGGAUUACAACCUCAGGGAGCUUGAUUUCUCGCAAAAGGCGUGGAAAGACGUCCUCACAGAAGUUGAGAUCACCCAAUCUGAUCUCUCCACCGAUCACAAAACACCUCUGUUCCAGGGGGUUGCUACCAAGGGCUAUCUGACAAUGCACAAGCAACCCUGA